AUGGUCAGCAUGCUGGUGGGAUUUAUUGCUCUUACUGGAAUCGCUCUUAUCAGCGCAGCACGGCCUGAGGAUAAAAACAUCCUGCAAGGAUUUCAUCAUCUAAAGAAUCUCAAGCCACUGGGUAUUGAGUUCGCUGACUACUUUCAGAAUGUAACGCUAAACGAUUUAAGCCUUUCCGAUCCCCGUGCUCCAACUCAAGAGGAUCUUUUGUGCCUCAGUGAUAUGACCAAGCUUAUGUUAGCUCUUCAAACGGGUCAAUAUUGGGCAUUGAAAAUGAUUGAUGCUUGGGGUUCGAUACCUUCUGGUGUUUUAACUGGUAACUCAUACGACUUGGGUAACUUCGACGAGUGCAUCAAUAUCAUAAAGGAAAACAUUCGUGGAAAAUACUGUUUCCUAACAGCAGCGCCUAGUCAAUUUGAGGGACUCUCCAUUACAACUGCAACCUGCUUUCCGGCUUCCUGUUCGGCUGCUCACAUGAACAAGUUUUUGAGCCAGAUGAUGAAGAGAGUUCUAAAUGUGGAUAUUCCUGGCACAUUGAUGAGCAUCAGCGAUAGUACUUGCCAGACAAAUGAAAGCGAACCCUGGGAUGGUCUCACAAUUUUUGCAAUAGUCAUCUUAUCACUGAUGGGCAGUAUUGUAGCUUUCUUCACGGUGUAUGACUACUUGAUCUGCAAGAAUCAAGAUCAACUUCCUGUGAUAGUGAAGGUGUUUUCAGCUAGGGCCAACUCUCGUACAAUUUUUCGCAUUGUGGAGUACAAAGCCAGCCCAAAUGUAAUCGACUGCCUUUCUGGAAUUCGUUGCAUGUCUCUUUUCUGGGUGAUUUAUAGCCACGAGUAUGUACGCAAACUGAAUUCACCAAAUAUUAAUUUAUGGGAAGCACUGCAGUGGGUUCAAACGCCAUUUUCCAGUUUCAUUGUGCAUGGCUUUUAUUGCGUGGAUUCUUUUUUCUUCAUCGGCGGUAUGUUGGUUUCAUUGAUUGCGCUGCGAAUGAUGGACAGAACAAAAGGCAAACUCAAUGUGCCACUGAUGUAUCUUCAUCGCUUUAUCCGCAUUGUCCCCAUUUUAGCCGUGGCAAUAUUAGUUUACACAAAACUAUUGGGGGUUGUGGCCGGAGGACCUCUUCUAAAGAAUGGAUUUAGUGGCAAAUUGGUUUGUCAGACGAGUUGGUAUUGGACCCUUCUCUUUGUGGUGAACUACACAAAUCAAAAGUGCCUACAUCAUACUUGGUAUUUGGCCGUGGAUAUGCAGUUAUUCUUAAUUUCUCCGAUCCUGCUAAUCGCUAUCUACAAAUGGGGAAAAAAGGCUGCUGCUGGAAUAAUUGUCCUGAUAAUCUUACUUUCUGGCUGCCUGUUUGCCACGAUGAUGGUCAACAACUACUCGAUGAUGAAGAAUUAUACUUAUGUUGCGCAGACGAAAAUGUACUUUGCCACCCAUACACACGCUACUCCAUGGCUCAUUGGAUUUUUGUUCGGUUACUUUCUGCACUUAAAUCAGGGAAGAAAAUUUAAGUUGAGCUUGGUAGCCGUUUGGUCAGGAUGGAUCCUCUGCCUGGCCAUGAUCUUCACUUCGAUCUUUGCUUUUUAUCCGGCCAUUCAAUCGGGUGCUCCCCCCUUAUCAACCUUGGAGGAAUCCUUUUACUAUACCCUUACCCGUUUGGGCUGGCCAAUGGCCAUUGGUUGGGUUGUAUUCGCGUGCAUGCAAGGAUACGGAGGCCUGGCCAACAGUUUUCUGUCCUCUCCUUUAUGGCAACCUCUCUCGAGACUCUCGUAUUCCAUCUACAUCUGGCACAUCUUUAUCCAAGAAAUAAACUCUAGGAGUAUAAGGACAAUCUCGUAUUUCUCGGACUACCAAGUUAUGCUAAGAUUCUGGACAACCUUUGGAUUUACCGUGCUGCUCGCUUUCUUCAUGUAUCUCAUUGUUGAGGCCCCCAUUGGCGGACUGGACCUUUUUAUAAGGCCUCAGAUAAAGGCAUCUGCUAGUAGCAAGUCAAAGGAAAAUUCAAACGAAGUGCAGCAGAAUCCAGUAGAUGAUGAAGGACAUAGUCAUCGAAAAGAAUCGGAAGAAAGGGAAACAAGCGCUCAAAACAAAACUGAUGAAACAAUAAAAUGA